AUUCAGACAGUUAUCAAAACUAAGUGCAUCAUGAACAUCGCGUGGUGAUGAAUUGGCAGAAUUCUGUGCGCUGGCUUUUGUGAGUAGGGUUCUGCUGUUGUCUCAUGUCAGUGACAGAGAUGGUUAAGGCGAUUCAAGCGCCCCUCAAUACCAGGUCGUAGACUGAGUCAGGACACCCGACCUCGAAUGUGAGGCCACCCUAGAUGGCAAGCCUCUACGUUAUUGUAGCAAAGCGGUGAUGUAACUGCGAACUCUUCUUUUCUUCUCCAAGUAGACGGAAUUUGUUUGAAAGACGUUUCCAUGUAAGCUGUAUUUUUGGUCUGCUUUGUGGCUCUCAGACAGACACAAGAGAAGGGGUCACCUUUGAAAAACAACGGAAUCCGGGGAAAGUCUGGAGAAUAGAGCCGCGAACGUAAGGUUGCUUUUCCACCAUGUUUGUCAGCUUCCACUUCACUGUAAGUCCCACACUUCUUUUCUCCUCGAUUGUGUUGAGUUAGAGAAUAUGUCAUUUCAAUCGAGUGGGGUAAAUGCGUGGCGUCCCCCGGUCGCUUGCUGGUCCGUGUGUUCUCUGCCUUGGUUUCUAGGCAGAGAGGUUAGAUAUCUACAGAACUAGUUUGAAGAGGAAGGACAGUGCAGUCGGUGGUGUGCUCUUUUCUUCCAUGCCAUCGCGUUGUGAUAAUUCCCUAGUUCUUUUCCCCCGACUUUUCUGCUCGCUGGCGCGUCACUUAACAAGCCAUGUUGUGAUUUCUUGCAUUUCUAUCUUUAGAAUACACAUGCUCGUUUUUGAGGAAGUGAAAGACACUACAAACAAUAGCCACUUGCUGUCAACAGUUUUCCACCGCACGCACGCAUCGACUUCAUUAUUUUUUAUUGUUGGGAAGUUGCAACCCCUCCCGGCGACACUGCUACAUCAUUCAUAGCGAUUGUUCACCUGCUACUAAGAUCGGGACACCAUAAAAGAGCUCCGAUCCGCAGCGGAUUUGUUCCUUCACCAUUUUCCAGUUUGGAAUCCAGUUUUUAUGAGCGAAGCCGCCUACUACCUGCACUGGUCGUCGUCUGCCCCGGCGAGGAAGAUUGUCUGCAAUGAGCUACAUCUGCUGUUUGUCGUCGCACGUGAAACCGGAAAAGGCGACUUUUGGCUCCUGCAAAAGAACACAGGACAGAUCAUCUACAACUCGCCUGAACCGUUACAGGAUGCCGACUUGCAGUCGUCAGAUGAACGUGGCGUCUCACGAAUUGCAGACCGUGGCAGAUUCUCUUUCCCACCCCGGCGCCUUAACGCGUGCAGCAGGCGGGAACUGUGCCUCCGAGGAGUUAGCCUCGAAGUAUGCGGGGAGCCAUUCUUCAUGGGCCUUGUCUUUACAGGAGAAAGCAUCUUCCAGUGAAACCAUAUCGCCAAAAGAGCCUUUGAAAAACUGCAGGAAAACAAGGCAUUUUUCACCCUGGUCCGGACACCAUGUCAAGUCUGACGCUACUGGAGGGCGUGUAUCUGCGAGCUCUCGGCCGAGCUUUGAAAAGGCGUUCGAAAACAAAGAAUGGAUACGUCUCUUUCGAAGCCGUCUCGAUUGUCUGCUGAGACACAACAGGCAGCACGAUCAAAGAAAAAGGCCGUCUUCGGUGUCAUCCACCAAAUCCACGUCUAGACAAAACAGCGAAGAGACAGAACCAGUUGGUCCGGCAAGCGUUUCCACCAACAUCCAGCCAUGUAACGAUAACGCUUAUAAUUCUGUUCACAUGGAUAAGGACGGCUUCGGUCUCGGAGGGGGAGAAAGGACUGAAGACCAUGAUACCAGUGAAGGCAAAAGGUGUUACCCGGGAAUUCCCGUUUUCAGAGGGGGAGAAGGAGAAUUACUACAGAAACAAAGGUCAUUUUUUAGCACUUCCGGUGUUCCUCUAGCCCCACCACACACGUGCAACCGGGAGAAUUUACCAGAGUAUGAAAGGGUCACAGUGGAAUCCCUGGAAAUGCAGCCUGUCGCCUUCAAUAAAGACAAGGAGGCCCGACCGCUUCAUCUGCAACUGCAAGGGAGGUUGUGCAUCCCUCCGUUGUUCAAGGCUGCAGCACUGUUUCGUGUGGAUACAAAUGUGCAGCUCCAUCAGCAGUUUCUUGGUGUUGAAGAAAAUGACAUCGUCUUCCAGCGGCUCCUCACCAACUACUUCGUUCAUAGACUUUCGUCCAAACUUCAGCAGGUCUCCCUUACGCUCAAGAUGAUUCCUCCUCAUUUGCCGCUGUUUCUGGGACCAGAGAACAAGCCUGCAUUGAGACUCUCUAAGCUUACAGGUGUCCAGAUUCUCUUGAUUGGAGCUUCAAUUGGGGAAUCGCAGAGAAAUACUCGUUACAUUGUCGAGCCUGCGGCGGCUGCCCAGUCCGCUAGACGAAGUGCCGCUGCACAGCUGUUUCCAAAAGAGAACGAGUUUCGUCAGGUCGAGUUGCGGGGACACAUUGACGCUGUUCUAGCCGCUUAUGCACAUCUUGCAUAUCGAUUGCAGCAUCCACUCAGAAAGGCAGUCGCAUUCUGCGUUUUAGUGGCCCUCAAACAAGGUCGUGAGGGAGCUAGAAGGAAACGUGAGAGCAGUGGCGUUGGCAUUAAGACAAAAAUACGUCCACUGAAUACAGAGGAGACUGGGAAUGAUUAUAAGGUGGAUCAAAGUCCGCAGGAAGAUAGGGUGAGGAAAACAAGCGUAGGUGGCAGCUCCCAUCCAUCUCCUGACUGCAGCAUGCCUGUGGGUCCAGAAUCAUCAUGUGAAGAUAAGCUUAUCGACCUCGUUUCCAAGCUUCUCAGUAUGCCUCCAGUCGCAUGUGAAUCUCCAGCGAUUGUGAGAGGCGUCGCCGUUGAAAGCGCCCCGACGUCGCCUCUCUGUAUUCCCCAAAUAGCUCGAGAUGAAGCUUGGGUACUGCCUCUUCCUUAAGUGACAAGGAAACGAGGAAAAUGCGUGCAAAACACCUGGAGAACCAUGAAAUCAAAAAUAAAAUAACAAGAAGGCCAUUACCGGUGGUAGCAACAUACUGUGGGGUCAAAAAUGCUCAUUCUUACAGAGGAAAGUGGAAAACUAAAGAUUCGAGGUAUAACUACGAGAAAUCGCGUGAACAAAAACAAGGGACACCUGGGUGUUUCCACAGCCGGAUCAGUGCGUGGACAGGCAGAGGGUGCCUGCACGUCCUUGUACUCAUCAUUCGUCGUCACACAGGCCACCCGAGGGACUGCAGAAAAAACGAAUCGUCGCUGUUUUGCCCUUGUGAAUUGAAUCGCUUUGAUUCCGCCAACAACGAACGAAGAAGUACUAUCGCAGUAAACCUGGUCACCUUUCUGGGAGCAGAAGGCCAUUUUAUAUGAGGCAAGGAACACUGCUGCGCUGCGCUCAAUGGGAGAAUCACAUAGAGAUCGUCACUUAGACAUAGCCUGUUCCAUUCAGUAUGGCGAGCGCUUUGCAGCUAAUCUGUCUGACCGCUGAGUUUCAGGUAGUUGCUUGGUGUGUGUAACGGUGAAGAGUGAAGCUUUUCGCCGUCCUGAACCUGUGAGUGCCCUUCCAUUCCUAGAACGUAUCAUAACUUGCUUUUUCUUUUUGCCUUGUCAAGCACAGUCGUCUCUUGUAAAAGGCCAGAGAGUCAAGACAAGGCUGCUAGAGACUGUGACGAAUCAAAACGUUGCGAACUGUUUGACGUUGUGAUUGGUCAACCGCUUUGUUGGCCUAGUUGCAAUCGAACGAUGUUACCGCGGGCCUGCGGUGCACUGCUGUCUCUUGGUUUCUGAUAUUUGCCUGAAAGUAUCCGUUUCACCUCACUUUUUGGAUAUUAUGAUGAAGGAUCACCUACCCUUCUUGGACUGCCGCCUGUCGCUUUGGAUAUGGUCACCUCUGCCUGUCUCAAAUGGCAUCCCUUGACGCUGUUUACAGUUAACAAACGCUCACGUAGCUCUGCUGCUUCAAGUAAGGCUGCAACCACAACACUGCCGUGUUUUCAUACCUGGCCUCUCGUAGUUUACGGUUUGGAGACGCCGCUCCACGGAUAACAUCUCCGCUUCAAUUGUGUUAGUGCGAAAUGUAGGUUCUAGUAGCGUCUCGGGUGUUUGCAGUGAAGGUUCAGCCAGAAUUGUCUAAAUAAUCCCAUUUUUUUAUCAGGAUGGUUGUUGGGCUAACACAGUCAGCCGGUGUAUUCCAUCCUGUGUGAGUGCGAUGUUAAGGAAAAAGUUUCAAGUACAACGGAUUGUACAGCGGGACAAUGACGUGACAAACGUUCUGAAACCCAUUCCCAUGUGGAUGGCUGGGUCAGGACAGUGAUCACGAUAUUCUCUUAUUUGGACAAAAUUUCGCAUGCGGGCAAAUCGUCGCAGUCCGUGACUACGCUACCCUCAGCAUGCUCGCCAACGAUGACUCAGUGCAGUGUGUUGCCAAGCGAGGGUUUCAAAAACGUACUUUUGGUACAUGCGCCUAUUGCAGAGUUGUGAAUGACGCUGCUGUCUUAGCCGGAAAACAAGCAAGGCAUGAGAGCUCCAGUGUAUAUGUGAGUUCAGGAAACCCUUCCUCAUAGCAUUCCGAACAGACUAUCUUUGUA